AUGGGAUUUCAAUACAAGAAAGUGCUCCUCAUCGGCCCAACCUCCGGAGUCGUUGCGGUAUUAGCCGAGACAUUAUUCCAGAAUGAUGUCUUCGUGAUUGGCGUUGGUCGAAGAAAAGAGCAUCUUGAGGAAUUCGUCAAUAAGCAUGACUCUUCCAACACCAAACAUCGUGACUUCGACAUCAACGAUCACCAAAGGACAGCAUUGGCCUCUACCACGACUCAGCUGGCAGUCGUCACUCUCCACAGCAGACCCAACUAUGGAGCUUCCAAAGCCGCUCUCUACCAUUCUGUGUUGGCACUAAGGCACCAAGGGAACGAAGCAGGCCAGCAAUUCAAUGUUCUAGAGGUCUAUCCGUAA